UAAAGAAUAUGGCAUUCCAGAAGUACAGUCAUAUGGAUCAAAGCUUGUUUACAAGGUUUGUUCGUCUGGGUAUUCCGUACAUUGAGCUCAAUGCUCAGGGAAGAGCCAGGCCAAGCAUAGCUAAGCUUUACAAUUGGAGGUACAGAGAGUUAGGAGAUCUUCCCUAUGUAAAGGAGGAACCCAUCUUCCAUAGGGCAAAUGGUGGAUUCUCCUAUGAGUAUCAGUUGGUGGAUGUGCCUGAUUACAAUGGGAGAGGGGAGAGUGCGCCAUCUCCUUGGUUUUAUCAGAAUGAGGGAGAGGCUGAGUAUGUUGUCAGUGUUUAUAUAUACAUGAGACUGCUAGGAUAUCCUGCAAAUAAGAUAUCCAUCCUGACAACAUAUAAUGGCCAGAAGCUUCUGAUUCGUGAUGUUAUCAACCGGCGCUGUGUCCCAUAUGACUUCAUUGGUCCUCCCAGUAAGGUUGCCACUGUUGAUAAGUUUCAAGGCCAACAAAAUGAUUUUAUUUUGCUGUCUCUUGUGCGUACUCGUUUUGUGGGUCACCUUCGUGAUGUUCGAAGAUUGAUUGUUGCCAUGUCUCGUGCUCGUCUUGGUCUUUAUGUUUUCUGCCGCCGAUCUCUGUUUGAGCAGUGCUAUGAACUUCAGCCUACAUUUCAACUGCUGCUUCAGAGACCUGAUCAUCUUGCUCUUAAUGUGAAUGAGAAUAUGCCUUUGACAGAACGUCAUGUUGAAGAUAUUGGACCUUGCUAUCUUGUUAGUGGUGUUGAGGAGAUGGGCAGCAUUGUUUAUGGGAGAAUUAAUCAGAUAUAUCAGGCCCGUAUGAUGUACAGUCAAUUUGAUCAGCAUGCAACUUAUUCAGAACAUUUAGAUCCAUCUACAAAUGCACCAGAGGAACCUGAGGAUACUUCAACAUCUGGGCACAAUGACGCACAAGCAUCUGCAAAUGAUGAAUCUGGUGAGACAAAUCAUGGACACUACUCGGAGGAAACUACAGAUAUGGAUGGCCUUGCAGAUGUUCCAAACGGGGAUAAGUCUCUUGAGAAUGGAGAAACAAAAGCUCCUCCGGGAAACGAAGAAACAAGGUCAUCUGAAACUGAUCUGAAUGAUGGAACCACCUCAAUGGUGGAGUAGUGUGAUGAAGAACUUUUUGUACUCAAGCAUUGUCAUCCUCGCGGUGGUAGAAUUAUCUUGGGCCCGAGGACUAAAUUAAAUAUUGCCCUGUUUGGUUAUUCAUGUCUCGAGUGCCAAAUCAGAAACUUGAUGCGG